AUGGUAAAGAAAAGGGUUCAGCUUGUUCUCCAAGAUGGCGACCUGUUCCUUCAAACCAGCCACUUUGACGAUGAUGCACUUCGUACGAGUGAAACCUCAAUGGCUCCUUUUCGAUUGCUGGCAGGAGCAAUGCACUACUUUCGGAUCCCACCUGAAUACUGGGAAGACCGCAUCAUCAAGUGCCGUGACAUGGGAUGUAAUGCCAUCGAGACAUAUGUGGCGUGGAAUGUCCAUGAGCCUGAACCGGACCAAUGGACAUUCGAGGGAUUUGCCGACAUUGUGCGGUUUGUAAAGUUGGUUGAGAAACACUCUCUCUACAUGAUUGUCAGGGUGUCGCCCUAUAUUUGUGCCGAAUGGGAUAAUGGUGGUAUGCCCUAUUGGCUCUUGCGAGAUCGCAAUGUUCGACUUCGAUCCAGGCAUCCAACAUUUCAAAAAGCUGCCAAAAAUUUCUAUAAUGUUGUCAUAUCCAAACUCAAGCCCUUCUUUGCCACAAACGGGGGACCGAUAUUGGCAGGUCAAUUGGAAAAUGAGUAUGGAUGCACCAACAAUGAUUCAGAAUAUCUGCAAGCGCACUAUCGGUAUCUUCGAGAUGACCUGGGGGUCGACAUUCCCUUGUUCAACGGGAUCUGGGCUGAGGACCGCUUUCUAAAGGCAGGAAAGUGCGAGGGUACCAUUGUGGCAUUGAACUUCAAUGAUGGUGCCGCAGACAAGUUCUCCUGGCUGGAAGCCGCGACUUCCUCGUCCAAUCCACGAGUCUGUACCGAGUUUUGGGUGGGUUGGUUCUCAGCCUGGGGUGGACAUAGAUACAAACCACGAGAAUCACCCGAAACCAUUGCCACUAGAUUUGAUGAGCUGCUAUCAGCCAAAGGCCAUGCAAUACUCUAUCUGUUUCAUGGGGGAACCAACUUUGGGAUGCGCAAUGGGGCCAACAUCCGAGCCGACUACUGUCAAUUCACCAUCACUAGCUAUGAUUAUGAAGCACCUCUGAAUGAAGCGGGUCAAAUCACUCCGUACUAUGCCGCGUUGCAAGAGGUCGCCAAGAAUCACGGCCACGAGCCCAUGCCGACACCCUCGGUCGACGUUGAUGUUGGUUCCAUACUUCCCGUACCGCCACCCAAAUCGUAUCCAACGAUUCAAGUUACGAGCCAGGCUUUGCUGCUGGACCAACUACAGCGUCCGGGAUAUCAAUCAAAGGUCAUUGCCAGUCCGUAUCCACUCUCCAUGGAGGAGUGCCACCAAGCCUACGGAUACCUACUGUAUCGAACGCACAUUCCGGGUCCCACUCCACCGUCAGAGGGUGGCAACACCACCGAGACACUCUCCAUCAACGAGCUACGCGACCGGGCUCAUGUGUUUCUGGAUGGCUCAUAUCUGGAAACACUGGAACGCACGGCUGGUCGAUGUGUGGCCCAGACAAGCAAUCGGUUUCAAGUUCCUCCCGAAGGUUGCCAAGUGGAUAUACUCGUAGAGAACCAAGGCCGGUGCAACUUUCCUCCCUUCACUCAAGACUUUAAAGGGAUCACAGAGAAUGUGUUCCUUGGCGACUGUUUUGUCUUGUCCAACUGGGAUCACUUUCCAUUAUCUUUCUCCCCGGAACAACUUGGUGCUCUGGAAUGGUCGCCAGUGGGCAGUGGGACAGUGCCCCAGAAGAAUCAACCGUGCUUCUUUCGUGCUACUUGGGACUUGCCCACGGUGCCCCUUCAAGACACAUACAUUUUCUUGCCGCAAUGGCAAAAGGGAGUUGUUUUGGUGAAUGGCUUCAAUCUAGGAAGGUACUGGAACAAGGGCCCGCAGCUUUCUUUGUACUGUCCUGCAACAGUUUUGGUUCAGGGUAGCAACGAAAUCAUUAUUUUCGAGGAAGAGGCUCCAGGGAGUGCCAUUCGGUUCAUUGACGCCCUUGAAAUGAAGAGUUGA